CGGAUGCAAGCAGUAAAGCCGGAAAGUUUUAAGUCGAUGUUAGGGAAAACUUGUACGAAAGUUUACGUGACGGCGCUGAAAUUGAAGUCGAAGUGGAGUGAAGAGAAGUGGAGGUGUGUUGAAGCAAAGUGAGUGCAAUAAAGUGCGGGUGUGUGCGCGUUUGUUUAGAGGGCAUGCAUGAAAUGUGCCUGAAAUUGCUAUGCAACAUCAAUAACUAAAUGCUAAGAAGUCGAGAAAUAACAACAAUGUUAAUCACAAUUUCAUUUAAAUGAAUAAAAGUGCAGCAACAACAAACGAAGCGAAAUAAAUUAUAUGAAUGCGCAUACAUAUGUAGACAUGUGUGUAUGUUAUAAUGAGGACUGCGUAAUCAACAAAAUAUGACUAAGUACUAGCAGAGUGUGCAGACAGCAGUCUUGCUGUCAGCUUGAGAUACAUUUGCGACAAUAGCGAUCGUACUGCCUUUCGAAGUACACCUGUACAAGCUUAACACAAACACAAACAACAAAUAUUUUACCUCAGCCGUUUCUGCAUUCAAAUAAAUAAACACAACGGCAAAAAUCCAAUCAAAAAUAUUUGCAUGCAAUCAAUUGUGAUAAAUUAGUUUUCUAACAAAAACAAAAAAAAAAAAGCCAGGAAAAAACGAACUAACCAAAUAUACAUAAAUUUAUAUGAAAAGUGCACAAUCAAUCGAAUCGUGUCAAAAUGUCAACGCAAUACAACAACAAAAGCAACAAGAACCGCGUUCUAUCCAACAACCGACAAUUCACCUACAUCACUCUGCUGUUCAGCAUAUUUGCCUUGAUUUGGCCUGCCGAUGGCUUCAAUUUUGCAAAUCAACCGAAUAUUGCAAUUCCAUCGCCGCAGCAUUUGAAAUUCUUCAAACCACAAACACGCAGUUCCUACUUCGGCUACACGCUGGUGAUGCGACCAACGAGCAUAAUUGUUGGUGCACCACGAGCUCAAUCCACACUGCCCGCCCAGCGCAACGUCAAUGAAACUGGUGCCAUUUAUCGUUGCACUCUCUCACCCGUAGCCACCUGCAAUCCAUAUGUCAUUGAUGAUAGAGGUAAUGUCACCCUCGAAAAGGACAACCCAUACACCUAUGACAAUGAAGCCCGUGACAAUCAGUGGCUUGGUGCUGCCAUGGAUGGUGGCACGAAAGACACCGAUAAACUCUUAAUUUGUGCGCCACGGUUCUUAUCACCCACCGCUAAUGAUUACUUAAUGAAUGGCAUCUGCUACUGGGUCCAGGAUACACUUAAUGACAAUCCCAUCAAUGUUCAGAGGAUCUCACCGUUACGACUAAAAUCGGAUCAAAUAAAGACUUUUAACAAUCAUCGCAUUUACUAUUAUAUGUUGGCGGAGGAGGGCCUGAGCGCACAUGUGACAGAUAAUAAUGAAGAGUUCGUGAUUGGGGCGCCUGGUAUUAAUACGUGGAAGGGCUCGGCAAUACAUGUUCGCAAAAGGUUUGAGGAGGAUCCAAUAUUGAGUAGGCGUGACACAUACGAAAGAAAGCGUGUUGCUCGGCAACUUGACUUCUCGGGCCAAUAUACAUUGAACACCGAAGAUCAACCGAAUGAUUCGUACUUUGGUUAUGCCGUCGGUUCGGGUUACUUCGAUAGCAAAGAAAAGAAUCGACUGAUGUACGUGGCGACAGCGCCUCAGGCCAAUUUGCAAUCUGGAGAGGCCUAUUUGUACAAAUUCUCCGAAGAUAGUACGCUUAAGAUGACACGCGUUUAUGUUUUUCGUGGUCUGCAAUUUGGUGAAUAUUUCGGUUAUUCGCUGCUGACAGAAGAUCUCAAUGGUGAUGGGCUCACUGAUGUGGUAGUCUCAGCGCCACAACACUCAACAUCGGGUUCUUUCGACGAUGGCGCCAUCUAUGUGUUCCUCAACAAAGGCAAUUUUAACUUCGAACAGAAAUUGAUACUUUCCCCCGCAACCGGCAAAGCACGCUUCGGUACCACGCUCAGCAGGCUGGGAGAUAUCAAUCACGAUGGCUUUAAUGAUAUUGCUGUUGGUGCACCAUUUGCUGGCAAUGGGUCCGUCUUCAUCUAUCUUGGUAGUAAUGACGGUUUGCGAGCGCAACACAGCCAACGCCUGAACUCACCAGAUUCGGUGGUCAGCAAGUAUGGUGAACAUAUGUUUGGACACGGUCUUUCAAAGGGCGCAGAUAUCGAUCACAACGGCUUCAACGACUUUGCCGUCGGCGCGCCAAAUGCCGAGGCCAUUUUCGUUUAUCGGGCCUAUCCGGUAGUGAAGAUAUACGCAACAGUUAAAUCACAAACUCGUGAAAUUAAAACCGAUCAAAACACAUUUAAGAUCACCGCAUGCUACAAAAUUACAACCACAUCUACACAAAUAAAAGAUCAAGAUUUGGCCAUACGUAUUGUUGUGGAUCCGCAGGUGAAGCGUGUUAAGCUGAUGCAAACACGCACAAAUGAGAUUAGUUUUAAUACGACGGCAGGUUUGCAGGAGCAAUGUCGUUCAUUUGAUUGUGAAGUACAUAGUAGUGUGGCGGAUAUCUUCAAGCCGAUCGAGUUGGAAAUGCACUAUGAUCUCAUCAAUGGAGUGCCAAAAUCUGAAGUUUUCUGUGAUAAAUGUGCCGCUGUUGAUCCCACCGAAUCGAAAGUAUAUAGUGAGAAAAUCAUCUUUAGCACGGGCUGUAGUUCGGAUAUUUGCGUGGCCGAUCUUGAAGUUAAAAGCCACAAUUUGGAUCACACAUACAUUCUUGGCAGCAGUCGCACACUGUCCGUCACUUAUGACAUAACUAACAAUGGCGAAACCGCUUAUCUACCUCAAAUCAGUAUCACUUCAUCAAACCGCAUGCCAUUCGCCAAAAUACCCGGAAACUGUCGUAUUAAGGAUACUGAUUAUUUAGAAUGUGAUUUAAAUAAUGGCGUGGCGAUGGCGAGAGGCGCCAAAGAUUCGUUUACCGUAAUUUUCGAUGUCGCGAGUAUAUCGGGAAAGGCCAUGGUUCUGACAGCCAAAGUGUUCAGUACAGGCAAAGAAGCAAAUGAAGCUAAUAAUAAGGUCACCGAUGUAAUAACGCUUGGAGAAUUCACCGAAAUCGAUAUUGUUGGUAUCCCCAAAACGCCUCAUGUCAACCUGGAGAAAAUUAGCAACACCACGGAAAUCAUUAAUAACUAUGAGAUAAAAAGCGUGGGUCCCAGUACUGUCGGCGCCAUGGAUGUGGUCUUCUAUAUACCUGUGGCAUAUAAAGUGCCCGGUACUACAAACACCAUACAAAUAAUCGAAAUGGAUAAAAUAAAUAUGCAGGCUGUCUACGACGCCCAAUUGAUUGGUAUCGAUUAUUAUGAAAAUAAUACACAGCUUAUAAUGAAUACUAUAGAGAUUUCGACGAGUACUCACAGCACGACCACAGCGUCCAAAUUGAAGGAGCAUAAAAAGAGUACCAUGACUUAUGAGUACAACAGCUUUUAUGAUAUGCCAGUAGAAAGCGAUAGUUAUGACACAGAAGACACCUCGAACAUGUCUUUACGUCGCAGACGUCGGCAGGCUGCUGCCCAUACGGCAACCAAAGCACAGUAUGCGCGUAUAGUAAAAGCGCACGAGUUGUUGGGCGAAGAACUGAAGGGUAAACUGCCGGUGAAUCGUACCAUCGUUUUCAAUUGUAAUGAUCCCGAAAUGACAAUAUGUGUGCGUGCUUUUAUGCGUGUCUAUAAUUUCAAUCCUGAGAAGCCCAUCACUGUCAAUAUGAAAUAUCAGGUCGAUUUGAAUGAGAUUAAUCAAAUACUAAUUGAACCGUGGGAAUAUUUUGUUAUACUAAUCGGUUUGGAUGUGAAAAAAAUCGGUGACUUUAAUGAGAAAUCGCUGGCAAUACGAAAGAGCAUCGACUACAAUAUUGUGUCGAAGCAUCAACUCUAUGGUACACCAUUCUGGGUGUAUAUAUUAGCUGUGCUGGGUGGACUGUUGCUAUUGGCGCUAAUGACUUAUGGAAUGUAUAAGCUCGGCUUCUUCAAACGCGCGAAGAAGGAAGAAAUGGAUGCACUGGUGCACCAAGGCUCAACGAGACCGGCACAAGAAGAUGUUGAGCCAGAAGCAGAAAAUCUAAAUACAGAAAGGAACUAAAAAAGGCUUGAAAAAUUUUUUUAUUUGUUACGCUGCAAUAAAUUCGAAACGAAUGGCUUUAUAUCAUCACACAAAAGUAAAGGUGCGGAGGUGAACUAGAACUCGCAUUUUUUGUCAAAACAGUUCAACGUUAACUUAAGCAUAAAAGGUGCCAGUGUUGCAUUUGUUUGUUUUUAAAAUAAAUAGAAUAGAUUGUUUUUGAAAACAUAAAAAAUCGCACGAUUUAAAAAAGACGAAACCAAAUGGACCAAUCGAUUUAAGUGUUGAAUUAUGCGUAUUUAUUUUAUUGUAUUAUAUGAAGUUUAGUUAGGCGCUUUUUACAAUUAAUUCAAAAUUAAAAAAGUGAACGAAAACAAGAAUUAGCUUAAGGCCAGCUGCCAUGUGUAUAAUAUUAUGUUUAAGAUACGUUUUUUUUUCUUAACAAGCCGGACCAAUGAACCCAAGAUUGUCGACCGCGAAAGUAAUUUAACCUUUUUUGUGGCAAUUUUAGCAAGAAACAUCUGUGAAAAAGAGUGCAUUGCUUUUAAAGUCGGUAAACAAUUUUUUUCUAUUUUUUUUUUUUAUUUGCAAACUGAAUUUUGUAUAUACAUACACACAUAUUAAUUUGUAUAGUAGAUCGAGUACACGCAUACAAUUACAAUAGUAUGUGCAUAUGUACUAUAUAUUUUAUAAA